CAAUUCAUGGUUGACUGCAGCGCCAUUUACAGGAGGCCUAUAAGUGCGUAAAGUAUCAUCUGCCCAAUUGCAGUUAAUUUUUCAAGCUCUCUGCACGCGUCCACCAUGGCCUCCGCCGAGGAAUUAAGUGUUUCUGCUCUCGUGUAUGACUAUUUAUUAAAAAAAGACGCAUCGUUGGCGAAGGUUUUUCAAAAGAAAACGAAAGCGCCCACACUUCCAAAAGGUGCGCCAACGAUUCAGGAGGUUUACCAAUAUUUCCAAAAGACGUCCCCAAAGAAAUUAAAUGUAAAAGCACAAGCUAAAGAGAGCAGUUCAGAUUCAAGUUCAGAGAGCGAAGAUGAGGCCCCUAAGAAGGUUCCACAGUUAAAUGGAAAACCUGCGAUUAAUGCUGCAGUGAAUAAUCAACAAGAUUCUUCAGAUUCUUCGGAUGAUUCUUCCAGCAAAGAUAAAAAAGUAGCGCCAAAACUGACUGCAGAAGUUAAACCUGUUGCAAAAACUCAGUCCAAAAAACCGCCUGUAAAGAAAAAAGAGAGUUCAGACGAUAGUUCUUCAGAAGAGGAAGAAACAAAGCCAAAAGUACAACAGAAGCCAGUAGUAGCAUCUAAAGCACAAGAGUCAUCGGAUAGUGACUCUGAUUCAGACAGCGAAGAAGUAUCUAAAGCAAAAAUAACAGCUAAAACGAUUGCAAAACCAGCUGCACAGCAAGCAAAAGCUGUGGCAAGUAAGAAACAAUCAUCUAGUGAUGACAGUGAAGAACAAAGUCCAGUUAAACCAGUAUUAAAAAAACCACUACCUAGUAAAAAUGUAACAGCAACACCAGCAAAGAAGAAUGAAUCUUCGAGCGAUGAUUCUGACGAUUCCUCGGAAGAAGAAUCUCCGAAACCUCAAGCAGUUAAAGCUAAACCAGUCGCAGCAUCUACUCCGGUUGUUUCGAGACAGGCAUCUUCGAGCGACGACUCCGAUGAUUCUUCAGAAGAAGCAACCCCGGCAAAACCAGUGGCCGCGAAACAAAUUCAAAAACCUGUACAAAACAAAAAGGCACAGAAAUCUGCUCAGAACAAGAAAGAAGCAGUGAAACCUGGAAAGCAAGGUAAAGCUGUUCCAGCAAAACCUGUAGUAGUCGCACAGGAAGAAUCAUCGUCCAGCGAUGAUAGCAGCGAAGAUGAGAAACCAGUGGCUAAAACCCCUAUCGUUGCUACGAAAGCAGCAGCCGCAAAGAAAGCUCCUGCUAAGAAAGAAGAAUCUUCUAGCGAAGACAGUAGCGACGAAGAAGAGGAGAAACCAGUCAAAAAGGCAGUUCCUUCAACACCUGUCGCAGCAAAGAAGGCUCCCGUAAAAAAAGAAGAAUCUUCUAGCGACGACAGCAGCGAAGAGGAACCACCAAGUAAAAAGACCAAAGUAGUAGCCCCAGCAAAAUCUGUUGUAACUAAAAAGAAAUCUUCUAGCGAGGAUUCUGACGAUUCCGACGAUUCUGAUGAAAAACCGGUUGCAAAAGCUACACCUGCAAAGGCGGCGAAAAAUGCAGCAGUAGCAAAGAAAGCAUCCUCCAGUUCCGACGACUCAGACGACUCCGAAGAUGAGAAGCCUGUUGCGAAAGCACCUGCGAGUACUCCUGCAAAGACAAACGUUAAAGCUAAGGCAAAUGUCAAAAAGGAAUCGAGCGAAGAUUCUGAUUCAGAUUCAUCAGAGGAUGAGAAACCAGCAGCCACUCCAGUGAAAGUCUCGAAACCAAAAGCAACCGCGAAAGACUCAGAUUCGGACGAAAGUGAUUCGGAUGAGGAAACGGAGACAAAACAGAAAGCACAGCCAAAGACGCCAGGGAAAGCUGAAAAGCGAAAACAUAAAGAGGUAGACGAGGAAGAGGUCGAUGAGUCAGAAAAACCUGCAAAAGUUCAGAAGAACAACUACAGCAAUUUCGUGAAAGCAGGAAACAAUUUUAACGGUGACAAGGAGGACGAUCAGAAAGAGGGUGGUUUUAAACAUGGAGGAAGGGGUGGAUUCGGUGGAGGAAGAGGUUUCGGUCGUGGUGGCGAUAGGGGAGGUCGGGGCGGUCGUGGAGGCGACAGGGGCGGUCGUGGAGGUGACAGGGGAGGUCGUGGAGGCGAUAGGGGUGGUCGUGGAGGCGACAGAGGAGGUCGUGGCGGUGACAGGGGAGGUCGAGGAGGUUUCAGAGGCCGGGGAGGUUUCGGUGGCAGGGGCGGUUUCGAUGGCAGGAAAUCGUGGGGUGGAAACGACAGAGGGAACUCCGAAGGGGGUAACAACGAAGGAUUUAGGAGGUCAUGGGGUAGCAAUGACGGCGAAAGAGGGGGUCGCGGUGGUUUCAGAGGCAGUAGGGGUGGUGGCGGUUUCGACAAAAACAAGUCAUUCGAAACUUCGCCGCAACAGAAUAAAAAGAUAACGUUCGACAAUUGAUAAUUAGAUAAAUUUUAAGGUGAGGUGGGCCGGUUAGAUCGAAGUAGUCUAGUAAUCCAAGUCAAUUUUAAAAUGGUAAGUGAAGACGUAUCGUUUCUUUCCAACAGAAAGGCGCACGUGGAUCUUGGGGAGAAAAAGCAAAUUUGGAUCUCAAACACACAAGAGGGAAGGCUUUUCGUCACGAAAAGACGAAGAAAAAGCGUGGUAGCUACCGUGGUGGUCAAAUAGAUACUAGUAUCAAUUCAAUUAAGUUUGAUGAUUGAUUGAAUAUUUGUAUAAUAUAGAUGUUAUCGAUAUAUUUAAAUUAAGUGGAACAUCAUACGAAGUUAAGAGUCUUUAAGUUCUGUUUGCGAAGAAUGUGACGCAAGUGACGCGCAGUAAUUCAGUCUUAAAAAAUAUUUGACACGUAUUUUUUUCUGCUCACAAAUAUUCAGGCCAAAGUGAAAUUAGCUAUUUGAUGUGAUGAAUGUCUUUUUAAACGAAAAAUUGGGAUAUUUGUCAAAUAAGAAAUACGUGUUAAGUAUUUUUUGUUCGGUCUUGUCGUGCGCGCGUCAAUUUGGUAAAAUCGUUAGUAUUUCUUCAUUUACUUUUUAAGUAAUGACAUUGAUGUAAAUGUCACUUGAUUAUUGGUAAAAUUACGUGGAACAAUUGCAGGAACUUUAAUUGCAGUGCAUUGUAUUUCAAAUUAAGUGAUGUUAGUUCCACGUGAUUUGUCUUAGUAUCUAUAAGACUGCGACUUUUAAUUUGCGUUGAGUGUACCAAACGUUUCGUAAAAUUCCACGGCUUAUUUUAAACGCGUGAAGUAUGGCUUAACGAGAACUACUUCGUUACUGACUAGCUACUGUAUUAUAGAUUAAUGGAUGUCUAAUUGCAAUAUGUAACAUAUUUCCGUACAUUUAUCGUUCCUAAAAACGUAUAGGAAGUUCAGCAAAACGGUAUCGCUAUUACAUAAUUAAUCCUCGUGUUCUUUUUUUUAUCAUUGCAAAUCCGUUGAGAGAGGAUCUUUGCGAAAAUGUAAUCAAUGUACGGUUUUUAAAUCUAAAUAAAAGCGUAUUGUGGUGGUUUCUUUGUAAUUAGUUAUAAGGAUACUGACAAUGAAAUAUACAAUUUACUAAGCUGAUAAUUUAGAUAAAAAUCCGACAAUUUGUCAAUGUCAAAGGGAUUUUUGUACACGCAUACAUUCUGUUGAAGGAGACCAAUCGAAACACGAAAUCUGUUAAACUUAUUCAUUGUUAAUUUAAAAAAAUAUCCAUAUUUUGUACAAUACAAUCAUCAUUAAACAAGUAUAAGAGAAUAUAA